AAAAAAAACCGAAAUUAUCGGAAUCUUCAAUUCACCCUUUUGCACAACACAUUCACAAUUUUUGAACAAGCAAUCAUCUCUGUAAUCUUUAUAUAUAACUCAUAUCUUUUCCUUUUAGGGUUUUGUUUUAACUUAGCUUUUUCUAAUGGGAGAUGAUGAUGAUCAUUGGCUGGACCCACUUCUCAUCACCGAUGUUUCUUGCCAACAAAACUACUCAUUGAUUCAAUUGGAGGGUUCAAGAAUGGGGGAUGUGGAUGAAUGUUACUCUGAUUUCACUCCUGGUCCAUCCAUGGUAAGGUUGUCUAUGGCAUCACCUGAUUUAGUUGUCUGUGAAGAAUCACCUGAUUUUCGGGGAGGAGGUAAUAAGGAUUCACUUGAACUUUUGAUGGGAGCAUCUACUGAGGUUUCAUUGGAAAAUGGCAUUAAUGGGUCUGAAAUGGGGGGAAAUCCGGAGGUAUUAACUGCUAAAAAGAUUUCAGCAGAAGAUGAAUAUACAGAAUCUUCGUUUGAGCUUUUUCCACAACCAGCAAUUGAAGACAGUCUCUUAGAAGAUGCCAUUCCAAUUAUAAGCAUUAACUCAGGAUCUGCUGAUACCAGUGUCAUUUGUGGCGAGACGAAAUUUAUAGAGGACACUUGUUUUGACGGAGGUGAUACCACAAAUGCUGAUGCGAUGAUUGGGGAUAAGCAGGAGUUCUCCCUUUAUCGGACUGCAAGAUUUGGUAACUUUUUUUAUUACUUCAGGACACCGGAGUCUGGAGUUUACAUUGUCGAUCUACAUUUUGCUGAAAUUGUUUUCACCGAAGGUCCUUCUGGGAUGAGAGUGUUUGAUGUAUUUAUUCAAGAAGAGAAGGUUAUUUCCUGCUUAGAUAUUUUUGCUCGUGUUGGCGCGAAUAGCCCUUUGGUUAUACCCGAUCUACAAAUAUUUGUCAAGGGUGAUGAGGGCUUGACAAUUAGAUUUGAAGGUGUAGUUGGAAGCCCUAUUGUAUGUGGCAUUUCUAUCAGGAAAAACUCUUCAGCAUAUAACAGAGAGCUUGAAUUGCUCACGCGAAUGGGAAUCUCUCAGACAGCGCAUUGCGUGCCUGCAAAAUGCUGUGAGGAUUAUAAGGUGGAAGGAAGCCUUUUGAACUCUAUAUCAGCAUUUGAGUGCCAGGACAUCAAUCCCGUUACAGAUAGCGAAGAUGUGUUCAAGCAAAUGGGGAUCCCUCAGAUAGCGCAUAGCGCGCCUCCAAAAUGCUUUGAGGAUUAUAAGGUGGAAGGAACCCUGUUGAACUCUAUAUCAGAAUACAAGUGUCAGGAAACCGAGAUUGAUGAAUGUCAGAAAAAUGAACUGGCUGAGACAAAGAGGAUGUUGGAGGUGCUUAAAAGGGAGAAUGAACAAAAGAGCAAAGAAUGCCAAAAGGCUUUAAAUUCUUUGCAGGAGCUCCAAAACGAGCUUAUGCGCAAAUCCAUGCACGUCGGAUCACUGGCUUUCGCUGUAGAGGGACAGGUUAAAGAGAAGAGCAGAUGGUUCUCAUCCCUGGGAGACUUGACAAGGAAAUUGAAGAUAUUGAAAUUGGAACAAAUUAAUUUAGCAGAAGAGGCAUUGUCGUAUAAGAAAUGUGUGGCAGAUAUGAAUGAAAUGAGCUCUAUAAUAAUGUCAAAAUUUACACAUCAAGCUAAAUUGAAUGAGGAUCUCAAGGUUAAAUAUGUCAACGGAGCCAAGGAAAGGAAGGAACUCUAUAACAAAAUUUUAGAGUUGAAAGGAAACAUUAGGGUGUUUUGCCGAUGCAGACCUCUGAAUAGUGAAGAAAUUGCUGAUGGGGCUUCAAUGGCAAUUGAUUUUGGAACAGACUCUGAACUAAGCGUAAAAUCUAAUGGAGCAUUGAAGAAAUCAUUUAAGUUUGAUGCUGUGUUUGGUCCGCAGGCAGACCAAGUUGAUGUUUUUGAGGAUACUGCUCCCUUUGCAACUUCAGUUCUAGAUGGUUACAAUGUAUGUAUAUUUGCUUACGGGCAGACAGGAAGUGGAAAGACUUUUACGAUGGAAGGCACAGAUGAAGCUCGUGGUGUUAAUUUUCGAACUCUUGAGGAGUUGUUUCGCAUCAUUGAGGACCGGAAAAAUCAAAUACGAUAUGAAAUUUGUGUCAGUGCCUUAGAAGUUUAUAAUGAGCAGAUUCGAGAUUUGCUUGUCCCAGGAUCACAUUCAGGAGCAGCUGCAAAAAGGCUUGAAAUAAGGCAAGUGGGUGAAGGAAUACAUCAUGUCCCUGGACUUGUUGAAGCAAGCGUAAAGAACAUGAGUGAAGUGUGGGAAGUUUUGCAGACUGGGAGUAAUGCAAGGGCAGUUGGAUCAACAAAUGCUAAUGAGCACAGUAGUCGAUCCCAUUGCAUACAUUGUGUUAUGGUGAAGGGGGAGAAUAUGUUAAAUGGGGAACGUACUAGAAGUAAAUUAUGGCUGGUAGACCUAGCAGGGAGUGAACGAGUAGCCAAAACAGAAGUUCAAGGAGAACGACUAAAGGAAACACAAAACAUUAAUAGGUCUCUUUCUGCACUUGGGGAUGUUAUAUCUUCCCUUGCAACCAAGAGUCCUCAUAUCCCUUUCAGAAAUUCAAAGCUCACUCACUUACUUCAAGACUCUCUAGGUGGAGAUUCGAAAACACUGAUGCUGGUACAAAUUAGUCCCAAUGAAAAUGACUUGAGUGAAACUCUUUGCUCUCUUAACUUUGCAAGUAGAGUAAGAGGGAUAGAGUUGGGGCCUGCAAGGAAGCAAAUUGAUAGCCCAGAGCUUCUUAGAUACAAACAAUUGGUAGAAAAGACAAAACAAGAAAUGAAGGUCAAAGAGGUACAAGCAAAAAAGAUGGAGGACACUAUCCAUGGUUUAGACAUGAAGAUGAAAGAGAAAGACCUGAAAAACAAAAACUUACAAGACAAGAUUAAGGAACUUGAAUCACAACUUUUAGUAGAGAGAAAGCUAGCCAGGCAGCAUGUGGAUACAAAAAUAGCAGAACAGCAACAGAUCAGACAACAGGUGGAAGAGACAAAUCAUGUUAUUAGGCCAUCAGUUGGCACUAGGCCAUUGGGAAUCCAAAAGUACUCAAGUGAAGGCAAAGACCAGGCACAUCUCAGCCGCCCUCUUGCUGAGUACAAUAAUUACAAAUAUCCAGCAGCUACCACCUAUCUUGAUGGUUCUUGCAAGUACAGUGAAAUGGCAGAGAAAGAAAAUAAUCCUGAGUCAGCAGAGCAAUUCCAUUUACCAAAGCGGACAGGGAGAGCAUCUAUCUGCACAAUGCAGAGGAUUCCAACUUCCUCAGCUCCAAGGAGGAACUCUCUUAUUCCUUUACCGGGAUCAGUAAAGGCGCCACCACCACUUCCAGCAUUGACACCAAUCCCUGCUAUCGACGAAGAAAACAAGGAUCUUGUUGAACCUAAGUUCAUACCUGAAGUUGAAAGUGGAAGUAAGAAGCUAACCAAUAUUUUGAGACGAAGUUUUCAGAAGAAAAUGCUGUUGAAGUCACCAAAACAACAGCAUGCCAGAAGGGGUGGUGGCGUAAAUGUAGGGAUGGAGAAGGUCAGAGUUUCCAUUGGUAGUCGAGGGAAGAUGAUGGCGCAGAGAGUAUUGAAUGGAAAUGGUAGAAGGGUAGCCAAGGACACUCCGCAGAAGCAGCAAGGCCAUAGAGAAAAGGAGCGAGGGUGGAAUACUGGCACAGCUGUGAGGGCUGCUAUAUAACCCCAGGGGAGCUUCAUCUAUUCUUUUGUUCUUUUUUCUCAUUAAACUCAAUGGAAGCAGGAGGGGCCUAUAAUUUAUGCUUUUGUAGAUACAGCUUCUUUAUCUUUGGGGGGUUUUCUUUUUCAUUCCUUUUUAAUUGACAGGGAUGAUCCUAUCAUCUGUUUGAGAUUUUCCCUUUCGGUUUUAAACAGUUAUCUUGAUACACAUUGAUCAUAUUGGAAUUAUGCAACUUUAAUCUUAUAAA